UCCCAUGCACAUUUUGGUAGUUCAUGGCGAGUUACCAACUCUGUUAGCUUCAUAUUGCUUCAGACUCCACCAUCCCUGGAAGUGCUGGAAUUCGUCUCCUCAGCAGACAUCCUUGUAAUAGAAGCAUGUAUCUCGGCUUAUGAAGCUUCUGUUUUAUUUUUAUUUUUUUAUACACGCGGAAUGAAGCAAAAGUUUGAAAGGGACGUCGUUGUUCAGGAUCAGGGCACCAUGGAGGAUACUGAGAAAGUUUUCAAUGAUGCAGUUCACGGAGCCAUAUCUCUUCAUCCACUCUGUGUUCGAGUUGUUGAUACACCACAGUUUCAAAGGCUAAGGUUUCUUAAACAACUUGGAUCGAGUUACUUUGUAUACCCAGCUGCUGCUUCUAAUCGAUUUGAGCAUUCACUUGGCGUGUGUCACCUAGCUGGACAGUUGGCACGUGCACUUCAAGCUAGGCAGCCUAACUUGAAAAUAAGCGAAUAUGAUAUCCUCUGUGUCCAGUUGGCUGGUCUUUGUCACGAUCUUGGCCAUGGACCAUUUAGUCAUCUGUGGGAAGUUUUUGUAAAUAAAGCUCGACCUGGGAAGAAGUGGAGACAUGAAUCGGCAUCAAUUGAUAUGUUUGAUUACCUUUUGGAUGCAAACAACCUUCAUGACGAGUUCAAAAGGUACGGCCUCGAUGAUCAGGACUUGAAAUUUAUCAAAGAACUUAUUGGUGGACCUAAGAAUACAGAUGGUGCGGAUUGGCCGUAUGAAGGCAGGCCUCGUGAAAAAGCCUUUCUCUAUGAGAUUGUUGCCAAUAAGCGCUCAGGUGUUGAUGUUGACAAAUGGGAUUAUUUCCUAAGGGAUGGUCAUAGCUUGGGGAUCAAGGUGACAUUCGAUUAUCAUCGCCUUGUAAAAUUCUCUCGGGUGAUAGAUGUUCCUGGAGAGGGACUGCAGAUCUGUUUCAGAGAAAAGGAAGUUGAUAGCCUUUACGACAUGUUCCAUGCACGCCGAACUCUUCACAGGACUGCAUAUCAACAUCGUGUUGUGAAAACCAUUGAUUCAAUGCUAGUGGAUGCUUUUUGUUAUGCAGAUGAGCACAUUCAACAUAAAGGCAGAAAUGGAAAAAUGUACAACUUGGCAGAUGUAUGUGAUGACAUGUAUGCUUUUACCAACCUUGUAGAUGAUGUAUUCCACCAAAUAAUACGUGCAGAAGGAGAUCAUCCAGAUCUCUUGAAAGCAAAAGAAACUAUUAAUAGAAUUCUUACUAGACAAUUGUAUGCUUAUGUUGGUCACACACAGCCCGUCUCUGGUGGUGUUAGUAAAGAAACACUCUUGGAUUCCUUAGUGAGCAAUAUUCCUUCUGGUUCCUUGAAAAAGGAAGACUUGGAUAUUCAAGAGGUCCGGCUAAACUAUGGGAUGGGUGAUAAAGAUCCAAUUGAAUGUGUCAGAUUCUACAGUAAAAAUAAACCUACUGAUGCCAAGACUUUGUCACGAGAGGAAGUGUCUAACAUGUUGCCUCAGAGUUUCCAGGAAGUUGUGUACAGAUUUGUCAUAAAGAGCUAUGAUGAACAACAUUACAGAGAUGCUCAACAGAUGUUCAAAGAAUCAUGCAAGCAGUUGAAUAUGAAGAAACCCUCAAUUUCUUCGGUUAGCAAGUUUUCAUCUCGUCAGCCAAAUAGUUGAUUCUUGGCCAAGACAUCUUACUCCAGUCAAAAGGUAUGAUGGGCACUAUGCAAAUGGUCAAGGAGCCCCAGUUGAUGGAUCUGCAGUUCAGUGGUUGAAGUUUUAAAUGCAUCUUUCUUUUCAUAAGUAUUUAGAAGUAAUAGUUUUCACUGAAUUACUUAUUUAUGUGAACUAUAAAAAAUUGAAUUUUAUAGUUAAAAAAUGUUUUUUCUAAUAUAUUUCACAUGUACUGUAUUAGCUUUAAAUUGUUUUUUUUGUUCUGUAACAAAACUUUUCUUCUAUAUUUAUUGUUACUUUUAUUCUGAUGCAGUACUUGCUAGUCACCAUUUUCUUGAUGUUCUUUGUAUGGUAUUGCACUGUAUACAGUAUUGUACAAUAUUAUGAAUAGUCAUUGUAUUUGAUCAGUUCAGUAGCUGUUAUUCGCCAGAAUUCGUUAGGUCAUGAAAGUUGUGAUCUAAUUUCAAAAUAGAAAUUUUCCAGUGCAUGCAGACUGUUACAACUGUUCAUAGUUGUAUUGAUCAGGAUUGCGAUUUACAUACCUUUCCUUUUAAAUUUUACUACAUAGUUUACAAUCCGAGUACAAUAUAUUUUCUUUAUAUUUUAAGAAUGUAGUGUAUAUUUUGUAUUACCUUACAGAAGUUGCCAACAUAAUUUUCCAGAGUAUGUUUGUGUGAUAUAGUAUAUAUGUAUACUUUUAUAAUGCCAACAUGAUUAUGUAAAAUAAUUAUGUUCAGUAUGACAUGCCAUUCUUGUUUGUCACAAAUAGUUCUUAUAUUAUGGAAACUUUUUUUCUUGAGGCAAGCUUUCAGCUGUUUUACAGUAGUUAUUGACUUAAUAUAGUAUGGUAAAAAAUACAAUAAAUUCAGAUGUGUAGUUUUUCAUACAAACUGUAAUACUAUUCUGUUGAAACAAGUAUGGUAUGUCUUAAGAUUCAGAUGCUAAAUAGUAUUAUAUUAGUUUUGGGAUAUAGAAUGGUUCUAAUGAUUUGGUUUAUUAAGGACUGUAAUUGUUGAAAAGAAUUUACACCAGUUUUUUUUUAAAUGGUUUUGUAAUGUCUAGAUAACCAUAAAGGAAAAUAGUGUAGUUUAUUGUAACAGCAGAAUACUAAAUUAUAUUUUAUAAGUUCUUAUUGUGUGGUUAGUGUGACACACUUUAGGUAGUACUGUUAAAGGCUUGUUUUUGUUCCAUUAUGAUCCUUUGCUGGAGUGUGCUGACCUGAUUUGUAAUAAGAUUCACAAGUCUCUUGAAAUAUGGUCUUUCACUAAAUAAGCUCAAGUAGAUUAUGUGGAGAAAUAUAUUUUCCUAUGCUGUACAGUAUACUGUAAGUGCUAUUAUUUGAUUAGAAAUCUCAAAUAAAAAAAGUUUUUUAUAUUUUCCUUCACUAA